UGACUGGAUUCAAACUGAUUGUAAAAAUAAUGAACCUAUCCCAAACAUUGGUUGCUAGAUCUAGAAUUUAGAUCCUCUUGUUGCCUCUUCAUCUCUUGAUCUAGAUCUAGACUUUAGAUCUAUAUCCUGUAGAUUAUAUAUAGAUUCUAUUUAAUAGACAUGCUUCACCUGCCAAGAACAAGAAACGACAAACUCCUGUUCAUAGUGUUUUGGCUCGGCGGACUGUUUACAUUAUAUUAUGAGUGCUGUCUUGUGUUGGCUUCAUACCAUGACAGCUGGAAUGGCUAUGUGACAUUUCAUGUCACCUUUUCUGCUGUUUUAGCAUUGUAUAUUUACCUGUACAUGUUCAUGUUAAUACGCUCCGACAUAUCUACCAACAGCAUUAUUAUAAAGAAUGGUGAUUUGUCAGAGGGGUGGAAAUAUUGUCAAAGGUGCCAAAGGAACGCUCCACCUCGCUCCCACCACUGUAAGUGCUGUGACCUGUGCAUUCUCAAACGGGAUCACCACUGCUGGUUUGCUGGUUAUUGUGUCGGGUACAGCAACCACCGCUACUUUAUCUGUAUGGCGUUUUACAUGAGCCUGGCAGGCAUUUACGCCAAUGUUUACAACUGGGAGUUUUUCUUGAAGGUCAAAGGGGGUCUGGCCUGGUCCACAGUGCCUGGUUUGUUGGCACCUCACGUCGGGCUCAUUUUUGGAGUUUACUCUUGGUACGAGUUUUUUAUCACCUUAACCACAACUGUGGGGGCGCUUUUUACAUUUCUCUUUGUCUGGCUUCUAGCCAUACAGAUUAUACAGUUCUCUACCGGCCAGGUGAAAUAUGAGCGCAAGAACAACAUUUUUGACUAUGCCACUGGGUACAAAAAUACUUUUAAGGAAAUUUUCGGAUCAGCUGGAUUGUGGGUAUUCUUAAUUCCAUUCAUUCCCACCAAAUUACCAGGAGAUGGAACAAGAUUUGCAAAAGUAGACCGGAAAUUGAACUAGUUUUAUAAUAAAAUGUUAGAUUUGUUUUUCAAAUUAUGUAUAACUUUUUACUUCUAGAAUACGUUAAUGCCAGUUGGAGAGUAACUGUCUUUAAAUUAAUUGCAUCUUUGGAUUUACAAUUCAGUGUGAAAGCUCAUACUUUUUAUAAAUGGCUUAGGUAAAUGUGAAUAUACAAUGUUUUUGAUGAAUUAAAAUAUUGUUUAUACUGAUAUCAACAUGUACACGGCAAUGUCCAUCAUGCAAUAUGAACUUAUCAUAUGUAAUUGAUGUUGUUUCUUUGUAAAAUGUUUGCAUGUUUCGGAUGUUCCCUCAGAAUUGGAGAUAAUCUACUUCCUAGUCCAAACCUCCUGCAGGAUAACGGGGGAUGGCAGUGGGCAGGAUAUGAAUCCAGCACCAUCUAUACAACCUAACGACAGUCCAACAUGCAUACCACACCACCAGGCAGCCACCUUGAUAUUAUAGCUAUGGCUAUAAAGUUGCUUGUUUGAUGAUUUUACCUUCAUAUCAAGUCAUCUGAUAUAUCCAUGAAAAUGUGAUCAUUUAUGUCUACAUUAUUUUUUACAUGUACAUAAAUUAAAUAACUAAAUUAACUAACUAUGCCAUGAACAAAAAAAAAUUUUUUUUAAAGAUUUGUUUCAUAAUCUAAUGUAAUGAAAAGGUUAAUGUUUUUUACUUACCUUCUUGAUUUCCCUAAUGGUACAUGAGGCAGAGGAUGCAAAGUUUAAUACCUUUAAAAGUCUACAUUUAAUUGGCCUGAUUGGGGAAUAGGACAAUGACUAACUCCCAUGAUAAUUUCGAGUAAUCAAUCAAGGAAAUUUGACUCAGGGAUGUUCUUUCACCUUGUUAUAAACUCCUCAGUUUAGCUGGAAAUAUUACCCCAUGUCAUAACAUUGUUUUACUUGAUAUAAUAUCAGAUAAUAAUUCGCUAGACCAUUUCUUAAUUUUUAUUUUAUUCAGAUUUAUAUUUAGUCAGUGCUUUUUUUGUUAAAAAAAAAAAAAUAGGUGCCGGUACGGUACCCAGUAGUUGAUUGCCUAACUGUUAACUACUAAAAAUUAUUAAUAUACGUUAAAAUACAUGAAAAGUAAUAUUUUUUUCAAAAAGGUGGCGUACCAUCACAACAAAAAGCCCUGUAUUUAGUAACGAUUGCUGCAUUGUUGAUUUUGUUUUCCUUUUAAUAAAAUCAAAAAAAAAAAAGGCCCACAGUCUUUUGAAUGCAUUAUUUAAUUUCUAAGAUUUUUGGUGUAAAAUGUUGUCUUAAUUUUCAUUAAUCUAUGAAUAUCUAAAAGACAGAAAAAAAUUGUCUUUGCAGUUGAGCAUGUGUUCUACAACUUAAAGGCCUAUGUUUCAGUUUAAUCCAACUUUUUAAAUAAUCCAACUUUUUAAAUAAUCCAACUUUUUAAAAAGUAUUCCUGUUUGCUUUGAAUAUUUAUUUAUGAGCUAGGACUAAUUUGUUCAAGUGCUUCUUCUACCCAAGUACCCUAUUAUAGCAUGGAACUGGUUGCAUGAAUCAGCCAGGGUUUGUGUUAGACACCUUAUUUAUAUAGGUUAGUUAUUUUAGUUAUUUAGCGACGCACCAUAGUAGACGCAUAUUGAACGGGACUAGUGACGUUUGGGAUAUGUUGGGUUAGAGACCGGAAAAUCAGUUAGCGAUAGAACAAUCCAGGGUAACGACGUGUUUAGUGACAGAGACUUCUACUGUGGCCUUUUAUCAUAAUAAAUAUAUAUUAACUUGUU